AUACAAGAGGAUCAGUCUUAUUUGAAUCUUCUUUUUGUAAACUCAAUUAGUCUCUGAUAUCGAUGGAAAUCGCUAGAAAAAAUGUAGCUUACAUUGGCGGUAGUGGCGGAAUUGGUUCGGCUAUGUGUAAGCUUUUUGCCCGGAAGAAAGUCGCUAAUCUUGCAAUUCUGGAUUUGGUCGAAUGUGUCAAUCUAAUUGAAGAGAUCAAAGUUAUCAAUCCAUCAAUAAAUGUAUUUUAUUUAAAAAUCGAUCUUCGUUGCAAGGAAUCUAUUAAAACUUCCUUAGAUGAGGUAGUGUCUAAAAUUGGUCACAUCGACAUUUUCAUCAAUGGAAGUGGUCUGUUUAACGAAAAUGAUGUCGAACUUACUGUUGCAGUCAAUUUGUUGGGAGUUAUUGCCACCACAAUGGCAGCUAUGAAUCUAAUGGACGUUUUACAAGGACAUCAAGGUGGAUUGAUUGUAAAUAUUUCGUCUGUUGCUGGACUCAGUCCUCUCAGCACAACACCAGUUUAUGGUGCAUGUAAAUCAGGGGUUGUUUUAUUUACACGUUCAAUGGCAGAACAAUCUAAUUUGAAGAAAAAUGGUGUAUCAUUUUUAACAAUUUGUCCUGGACUUACAGAAACUCCAAUGCUAAAUCAAUUUACUGCAGAUAGCAACAGUUCAUUUGCAUAUAUUAUUGAGAACAUUUUCAGUCAAAUUAAGAAACAAACUCCUGAUGAAUGUGCUCAGAGUAUUAUGAAAGCAAUUGAAACAUUCAAUAAAAAUGGUGCUGUAUAUGUUUGUGAUGUUGGGGAAAUUGAGGAAAUCACUUUUCCAGAAUAUUGGGUCCCUCAAAGUUUGUAGACUAUUUUUAUUGUUCGAAUAAAUAUUUUCUUAAUAACACUACC